GACUCGAGAGGGGCGAAGAGUCAAGGCGGCUGAGCGAGAAGACCGAGGAGAGAGGGAGAGGCGCUCGCGCUGCCCAUGCGCCAAGACGGGAAUAUCGCCGCGGCCUGCUGCAGCUCAGCUGGACCCGUUCGCCUCUCCGCUCGAGCCGGCAGCAGACGCCUCCUUCACUCCACCACAUCUCCGCUGCACACCCCUCCGCAUCGCACACGCCGCCUCCGACGCCCUCUUCUGUCGCCUGCAUUCACCGCUCCUCCCGUCUGCAGGCUUGCCUUCGCCCACGAUGCGUAGCGCGCGCGUCGACAAGGGGCCAGAGCACAGUCCGCUGCUCGGCAGCGACGAGCUCGAGCCGGACCUCGAGGCCGCCGCACCCUCGCUGCCUGCCGCUGCCGCCGCCGCCGAGCCGGCCGAGCGGCGGCAUCCCAAGCAGGCCUCGCUCGACGCCGCACGCCAGCAGGCGCGCCGGCACAACUUUGCCGCGCGCUUCGCCGCCGGCCUGCGUGCCAACGAGGGGCUCGUGUACGUGGCCGGCGCGCAGCUGCUCUACUCCCUCAUGGCGCUCUGCUUCAAGCUGCUCUACACGCUGCCGUUGCCCGCGGGCUCCGUGCCCAUCUCGGCGCUGCAGACCAUCUUCUUCCGCAUGAGCAUCACCUGGCUACUCUGCAGCGCCUGGAUGGUGGCACGCAAGAUUCCGCAUCCGUUUUUGGGGCCGCCAGAGGUGCGCUGGCUGCUGGCUUUGCGCGGCGUCAGCGGGUACAUGGGGCUGUUUGGCCUCUACUACUCCCUGCAGUACCUCUCGCUGUCCGACGCCACGGUCCUGACGUUUCUUGCGCCGCUUGCUACUGCAUUGCUCGCAGCCGUCGCUCUCGGAGAGCCCUUCUCGAUGCGCGAAGCCUUUGCCGGCAUCGUCUCGCUGCUCGGCGUCGUGCUGAUUGCACGGCCAGCGGUACUGUUCGGCAACGUGCCCGAUCCAGUGCCCGUGCCCGUGCCCGAGGCACUGGUGGAUCUGGCCACGCGUGCCCUCUCCAUGGUCGGCCGCGAUGGCGCAGUGCCCACUAGCCGGGGACCCACGGAGGCUGAGCGCCUCGGAGCCGUCGUCGUCGCCCUCGUGGGAGUGCUGGGAAGCGCAGGCGCAUACACCACGAUCCGGCACAUAGGCCGCCGCUCCACCGCCACACACAGCGUGGCCGCCUUCUCUCUCUACGCCUCCAUCGUCAGCUACAUCGGCGCCAGCGUGCUCGACGAGACGUGGAGCGUGCCGCCGAGCUGGCUGUGGUGCGCCGUGCUGCUGGCGAUUGGCGUCUUUGGCUUCUUUGCCCAGGUGCUUGCGGCGCUGGGACUGCAGCGCGAGAAGGCGGGCCGCGCGACGCUGCUCGUGUUCUCGCAGGCCAUCUACAGCGCCAUCUUCCAGUCGGCCAUCCUCGGCGUGCCGCUGCACCCUCUCUCCCUGCUCGGCUGCGCCGUCAUCCUCGCCGCAGCCGCCUGGGUCAUGAUCAGUCCCAAGUAGCGCCGGCCACGCAUAGAGCUUCUCAUCUGUACAAUGUCACGCAAUCAGGUCUAGCAGCC